UCCACACUGUGCCAUCCGCGAACCCUCGUCGCAACAGAGGGCCAAAAGUUGAUGCAAUAAUCGACUAUUUUUUUGCGAAUUUUUUCACUUUUCUUACUCUCGAAUUUGUCACGACUGCUAAUAAAGAACUCAUUGCUGAGUUUCCUCAAGUGUUGGCGAUUUCAUUAAUUCAUCAGAGUUGUCGUUAUUCAACUGUGAUUUUAUACUGUUUGGAAAUUUUUUUAAAUCAUUGAUAUCAUGUUUUUUUUAAUACAGUUGUAAUUAAGUGUAGUGUCAUUAAGGAUCAAAUAGUAUUCUCCUAAUUGACAACAAUUUAUUUCCACACUGAUUGUCGUUGAUAAUUUUUAGUUUCAAUGGUAGUUUGUUAUGACGUUUGUUUGGGAUAUUAAUGUCAAAUAAUAGUGGAAUUUCGUUUGGAAAAAAAGAUUUCGUCCAAAUAUUUAAUCGUGACAUAAGUGUGUUAUGGCCUAAUGUAUGAAGGACAUGCGCGGAGAAAAAAGAGAAAGGAAACUUGGAAAAUCUUGGAGAUAUUUUUUUUUGUUUAAUGCUCAGUGAGAUUUUUAAAUGGGCGACACCCAGAAUCAAAAGUGAAUAUCCAAAAAAAAAAUGUAAUACUUGUAAAAAAAAUUCAAUUUUACAGUAUUUCAAAUAUUUGAUCUUCCAUAACAACGAUUCGCACAAACAACUUGCACGAUUUUUUCUCCAAAUAAUAAGAAUAAUAAUAACAUCGAAAAUGGAUAAGACUGAUUGGAUUUUAGAGUGUUUACAUCUAGAAAAAAUGAACAAUGACAUUUCGUAAAUAAUUUAUUGAAUUUCAUAAAAAAAAAUUAAAUUGGAAGAUGAUGUGUAAUUGAAAUAAAAUGUUCUCCAAAACUAUGAUGGCACACCAAUGUCCUGAUAAUCGAUAAGGGUUCUUGAAAACGUGGCGGAAAGUAUUUAGAAUCGAUUAGCUUUUGUCGUCAUUUCAUUUUCUGUAAAUGUUGACGAAAAUUCUUCGCAAAUUUCAAAAGAAAAGUGAUGUUUUGUGUGUCUCGAAUUAUUACGGGUUUGUAUUAUUAUCAACUUCAAUCAUUAUGACGAAAAUUUCAUUAAAGAAUCACCGGAUUACAUAAACACUGAAAGACUAAAAAAACAAUUAAUUGAAGAAUAAAAAUAAGAGUGAAUAAUAAACAAUCUUUAAUUUAUUUUUUGUAUUAAUAAAAAGUGAAUUGCAUCAGACAUUUUCAAAGAUCAAUGCUUCAUUGAAUAUAAACAAUUGAACGAUGGAGCCUAGUGAGUGGGAUCAUGCGACCCUCAGAGAAGAGGAGUUUGAACAACACGCGGUUUACUUUGUACGGGAUGUCGCGGCAUCAGCAAACGAGUCAAAUAGGGCAGAGGCAUCAUUACCAAGAAAUCUUGUUCUAAAACAAUCUCAAGCUCUCAACGAUGUUUUGGGAGUUUGGAGUACAGGUUACAUCCCUAAAGGAACUCGUUUUGGACCCUUGGUUGGACAGGUUUACAAGAAAGAUUCUGUUCCUGUUGAUGCCAAUCGGAAGUACUUUUGGAGGAUUUACAAGAAUAACGAGUUGUUCUAUUACAUCGAUGGUUACGAUAUACAAAAGUCUAAUUGGAUGAGGUACGUGAAUCCUGCGUACUCAUCAGAAUCACAAAAUUUAAUAGCAUGUCAAUAUGAUAUGAACAUUUAUUUUUACACAAUCAAACCAAUUUUACCGAAUCAAGAAUUACUAGUGUGGUACUGUCGAGAGUUUGCUGAAAGGCUUAAUUAUCCAUUAACUGGGGAAUUGAUGCUUCAAAGAAUACGUCAGCAGGUUCAACAAUCGACUCUACCGACAGAGGUACCAACGUCUGUAGAUGUCUUACCACUUAAGGACUCCACGAUAUAUGAAAGACGUUGUCAAAUGACUCCAACAGAAGGUUCCGUAAGGUCAGAUGAGGGUUAUCAUUCUAAUGGUUAUCAUGAUGAGAUCCUCACGCCGCCUGAAGAGAGCAGCGAAUCCGAUUCUGAAAACAAUUACGUUCUCGAUUUCAGCAAAAAUACAAGAACAUCUAGUAACAACGGAAUUAUUAAGCAAGAUACUGUCGUUGCAAAGAAUGAGUACAGAAAAGUCAAAAUAAAGAUUAGUAAGACUUAUGGUAAUUUUCAGUCUGGUAAAACUUGUGAUGUAGUAAAAGAAAAAGAUGAAAUUAUUCGUGCAGUGACACCUGAAAUUCCGCAAAAAUCUGUGUCUCCAAUGGUUCUACAAAAAUCAACAGUUAUUUCUACUUCAAAUGACGAUGAAAUGGAUAAAAAACCUAAAGCAUUUUAUGAACUAGAAGUUAAAGGCAGUUCACAUGCUAUUUCCACUACUGGUCGGUCUUCAUGUAUGACAAGUCCCAGCAGCUCAAUUCUUGAGAAUAUUCUACUUAGAAGCAAUACAGAUAACAACAACAACAAUAAUAAUAAUAGCACUAAUUCACAUCAAGUUCAUAGCAAUAAUCAUCAUCUUAACCAUGCUCAACAAAGUCAUAAUCGUACGGGUCAUCUGGAUGCAGUUACUCCACCUCCUUCAAGUCCGACAGAAAUGGCUUAUUCAUACAAAAAAUCUCAUAGGUAUGGUAACAUUCUUCCUUGCAGUCCAGAUUCAAGUUCUAAUAUGCCCUCGCAAACAGAGAUAUGUACAAGCUCAGUUAAUUCUACAAGUAGCCAUGUGUCUAUGCUUCAAAGUUCAGGAAAUUUGCAUUCUAGUACAGGAAAUCUUUUACAUCCUUGUAACUCGAGUAGUGUUCAUUCUGGCAAUGGAAACAUUCACUCUAGUACAGUCUUAACAUCAACCACGAGUGGCCUUCAUCCUGCAACGACCAGCAAUUGCAUAAACAAAUCCCGUAAAUCUAAAAGUCCAUCACCUACGACAACAACAACAAGUGCACCAGCACCAUCACCCAUUGGACCAUCAACUAUUAUGUAUUCAAGCUCAAGCAGUCCUCAUAUAGAAUCAAAUUAUUCAUCGCAAGGGAAUAAUCAAAGUGUUUCACCAAUUCCAUCUAUUCAUUCUCCCUCUUCGUAUCCUUACGGACUUUAUCAUCAAAAUAGCUCGAUGCAUCAACACAUUGCACCGUUAUCGAUUAAUUGCUCAGCUUAUUCACCAACACCAUCAACCAGUGUUGUUUAUGAAAGAAGUGACAAUAGACGACAUGAAACAGCAAGUAGUCAUCAAAUGCCAACCUCGUCAACAAUGCAAAUGGAAAGCAAUCAAACAAAUCUCAUUGCUGGAACGCACAAUUUACAUUUAGGUCAUCAUCCUGGUCUUACGAUUCACUCAAACUCUUCAUCAUUAAACAGAUACUCCCCAGCGGGAUCAUUGUCUCCUGAUGAUCAUGCUUGCUCGCAAAGUGGAUCACUCAGUCCUAAUUCACAAGGCUCACGGGGAUAUCGAUCCUUGCCUUACCCACUAAAAAAGAAAGACGGCAAAAUGCAUUAUGAGUGCAAUGUUUGCUGUAAAACUUUUGGGCAAUUGUCCAAUCUCAAAGUCCACUUAAGGACUCAUUCUGGCGAAAGGCCGUUCAAGUGCAAUGUAUGUACCAAGAGCUUUACUCAACUUGCCCAUCUACAAAAACAUCACUUAGUUCACACAGGUGAAAAACCUCAUCAGUGUGAAAUUUGUAAAAAAAGGUUUAGUUCAACAUCAAACCUCAAAACACAUUUGAGAUUACAUUCAGGUCAAAAACCUUAUGCCUGUGAUUUGUGUCCUGCGAAAUUCACCCAGUUCGUUCAUUUAAAACUUCACAAAAGGUUACAUACGAACGAGCGGCCCUACACUUGUCAGGGUUGCGAUAAAAAAUAUAUUAGUGCAAGUGGAUUAAGAACUCACUGGAAAACAACUAGUUGUAGGCCAAAUAAUAUUGAAGAUGAACUCGCGUUAGCUGCAGCUGUUGGUUCACCGACCUAUUAUGAAUAUGGUCCUGAUAUGAGUGUUGGAAAUAUGCCCAAAGACUGUGAGUUGGAGCAUAUAGAAAACUAUGAACGACGAACCAGUACACAUUCCACAUCUCUUCAUAACUUGGAGAAUUCAGUGGGUCGGCCAAGCGUCAUAGAAACCUCUCAACCACAUAUUAUCGAGUGUACUUAAAGGCAACGAAAUCUUCAGAUGUUCUACCGUGAUAAUUGGACAUUUGUAUGGGACCCUGCAGCUUCGGAUCUGCGCAAUUGGUGAUGAUAAAUAAUCGAGUCUAAUGCGCAAACGCACGAAAAGAUCAUUGAGUUUUUGUUUGGAUAAAAAAAGAUAAGAUAAACACCAAUAUUUCUUAAAUAUUAACAUUAAGGUGUAAAGAUUCUUUAAAGGUAUUGAAUGCUUAUUUCUUUAUAAAAUAUCCAUAAAACUCGAUGUCUUUUUUGUAUGUACUUUAAUCAAUUCCGUACUCUGGAGUACUAUCUCAAUUUGGCGGAUUUUGUCGGCACCCGCCAGUUAAUAAAAAAUGAAAAGAUAAAACAAAAAAUUAAAAUCAAUAAAUAACGAUCAGGGAGAUGGCAAAAAUUAAAAACCAGUGACGACACGACUGCAACUAUACGAGACCUGUACCUGUAUAUACUAACGUAAGGAAUAAUUAUUCAGUAAUUAGAAAAAUAAUUUAAAAAAUAUAUAAAUAUAUAUUAUAUAUAGAUACAAAUAUAUAAUUUAUAAUUUAUAAUAUAAUAUAUAAUUUCUAUUGUUGGUUGGCCAAACGGUAGGCUGUAUUCACGUAGUGAUAUUAUUAACAAUAAUAGUUAACUUAUUCCAACAUUGAGUUCAUAAUUGUCACCAACAUCAUAUUACAUAAAAUCAUACAACAAUUCAAUAUAGUUAUAUUUACAUGUAAAUAUAUUUUUUAAUAUUUUUUUCUUUGUAUUAAUUAUAUUAAUGGUGAUAUAAACUAAAUCAUGACGUAAAAUUAUUUAGGAACAACAACCAAUCAGUAUUUUUUGUUAUUUUACUCACUUUGAGCAUAUUCAAUUAAUUAUUUACUAAAUGAACUUUUUCAAAG